AUGCUUAAAGGGUUUCUUAAAGAGUUUCUUAAAGAGUUUCUUAAAGAGUUUUUUAAAGAGUUUCUUAAAGAGUUUCUUAAAGAGUUUCUUAAAGAGUUUCUUAAAGAGUUUCUUAAAGAGUUUCUUAAAGAGUUUCUUAAAGAGUUUCUUAAAGAGUUUCUUAAAGAGUUUCUUAAAGAGUUUCUUAAAGAGUUUCUUAAAGAGUUUCUUAAAGAGUUUCUUAAAGAGUUUCUUAAAGAGUUUCUUAAAGAGUUUCUUAAAGAGUUUCUUAAAGAGUUUCUUAAAGAGUUUCUUAAAGAGUUUCUUAAAGAGUUUCUUAAAGAGUUUCUUAAAGAGUUUCUUAAAGAGUUUCUUAAAGAGUUUCUUAAAGAGUUUCUUAAAGAGUUUCUUAAAGAGUUUCUUAAAGAGUUUCUUAAAGAGUUUCUUAAAGAGUUUCUUAAAGAGUUUCUUAAAGAGUUUCUUAAAGAGUUUCUUAAAGAGUGUCUUAAAGAGUUUCUUAAAGAGUUUCUUAAAGAGUUUCUUAAAGAGUUUCUUAAAGAGUUUCUUAAAGAGUUUCUUAAAGAGUUUCUUAAAGAGUUUCUUAAAGAGUUUCUUAAAGAGUUUCUUAAAGAGUUUCUUAAAGAGUUUCUUAAAGAGUUUCUUAAAGAGUUUCUUAAAGAGUUUCUUAAAGAGUUUCUUAAAGAGUUUCUUAAAGAGUUUCUUAAAGAGUUUCUUAAAGAGUUUCUUAAAGAGUUACUUAAAGAGUUUCUUAAAGAGUUUCUUAAAGAAUUUCUUAAAGAGUUUCUUAAAGAGUUUCUUAAAGAGUUUCUUAAAGAGUUUCUUAAAGAGUUUCUUAAAGAGUUUCUUAAAGAGUUUCUUAAAGAGUUUCUUAAAGAGUUUCUUAAAGAGUUUCUUAAAGAGUUUCUUAAAGAGUUUCUUAAAGAGUUUCUUAAAGAGUUACUUAAAGAGUUUCUUAAAGAGUUUCUUAAAGAAUUUCUUAAAGAGUUUCUUAAAGAGUUUCUUAAAGAGUUUCUUAAAGAGUUUCUUAAAGAGUUUCUUAAAGAGUUUCUUAAAGAGUUUCUUAAAGAGUUUCUUAAAUAUUCUCUUAAAAAAUUUUGUGAGGCAAAUACUCUUGCCAAUGGUGAAGUGCAAUGGCGAUGUGUUAAAAAUAACAAGUGUUUAGCCAAGGUUUACAUCCUUCGUGACCAAAUAAUAGACGAGAAAAGUGAUGUCAAUCACAACCAUGAGGAAGACGACACUUUUCAACGACAGGUCCUUAGCAAUAGCAUUAAAAGGAAAGCAUUGCAGGACGUGUCAGCAAAACCCUCAAAAUUCAUCCAUCAAGAAUUAAGUAAGAACAAGUUUUGUGAUGAUAUCACCUCGCACGAUAUUCAUAGAGUGCGAAAAAACAUUUAUGCCGCAAGACGUUCUGUUAUGCCCAUGCUCCCCAAAAAUCAAGAGGAUGUUUUUACUUGUUUAGCACCCUCUAAUAGAUUCAGUAAUUACGAUGUAGAAAAUGGAUAUGCAGAAUAUGCAAUAAGGGGAGCAAAGAUCCCUAUUUUGUGUGUUUGCGCUGUGAAGAUGAGUCCAAAGAGGACGUUUUCGGUGAUAAUAGUGAUGAUGACGCUACCUUUGAUCCUUCACAGCAAUAAAACCGCUAAAUGA